CAAGAAGCAGACCACGCCAUCUCCCGCGCAAGAUAGCCGCCAACACCUCUCUGCCGCUAAAAUACACCCGCACACCUUGUCGCCACUUGCUUCUUCACCUCUGAUUCUCUGAACAAAGCCUUCGCUCUCAGAAAAAAAAGAAAAAAAAAAAAAUCUCUUAUUUUUCUUCUUUGUUUUAGCUAUCGGCAGCGAAAUGAGAUUAUUUUUCCAUUGAGAAUGGCGUCUGUUCAAAUGUUGAAGUGCUCUCUCUCUCCAAUCCCAGUUUCCCAGUCGAAUUUUCCCGGAAAAUCCAGCUGGGCUUUCCCGGAAUUUCAGUCGAGGACAAGUUUAAUCAGGUUGUCAGGAUACAGAGCGUAUGGAUAUCACUUGAGAAAUAGGAGGAGGUUUGGCGUCUGCUGCAAAGCUCAAGAAUCUGACAGCAAAAGCAAUGGUGAAGAACCUCCGGAGUCGUUGUUUAUGAAGGAAUUAAGGAGGAGGGGUAUGAAUCCCACUUCUUUGCUUGAGGAAAAAGAGCGGACUGAGUAUGGAAUGAAUGAGGAGAUGAGAAACAAAGAUAGAGGUUUCUCGGCUAGAAAUGCAGUCUCAACCGAAAUUGAGAAAAGCCUUGCAAAUCAAAGGGAGCGGUCCAUGCAGUUGAACAGCGAAGGCCUUGAGGGGUUAAUCCCUCGGGCCAGACUCUUGCUGACAAUCGGAGGGACAUUCUUCUUGGGGUUUUGGCCAUUGAUCCUCAUAACUGUAGCACUCUUCUCUGCUCUCUACUUGUACUUUGGAUCGACUUUUGUCCAUGACGGAAGCAGUUCGCCGAUGUCACCACCCCAAUACAUUGAUCCGUAUGAACUUCUGGAAGACGAAAGGAUUUCUCAAAUAGCACCACGUGUAAAGUGAAGCACAAGUCUUUCUCAUAACUUAGAAUCCAAAUACAGGUUCCGGCCAACUAUUUUCUAGGCUCUUGUUUAUUCCUUGUGUGUAUAAAUCUCAAACUUAUCAAUAACUUUGUUAUCUUUUUAUUCCUUGUGUGUAUAAAACCAACUUGAUGAAGUUCCAUUAUGCACGUUUUGUGAACAAAUUCAGUGCUGUUGUGCUA